AUGUCCGACGUGCGAUCCCUUCUGCGGCAGCAGCGAGCCGCUCGCCGCAUCGAACAUCCCUAUGCUGCCUACUCGGACGCAGGCAAGCUGCUCUGCACACUCUGCCAUGAGCACAUCAAGACCGAAACACUCUGGGACUCGCACGUCCGAGGUGAAGCGCACAAGACUCGUCUAAUAAAGGCGCAAACAACAGCACCGGUCGUGGCCCCCAACGAUCGAGAAGGACAAAAACAGGCGGCGCAAAAACGGAAGCACGACGACGCUGAGGAUGCUACUGCUGGAAACGGGGACGGAGACGUCGAGAUGGAAGAUGCUGUGCGGCGGAAACGAAGCAAAACUGAUGCAGCCGAGUUGGAAGCAGACAAGGAGGCUAAGGACCAGAACUUGACACCACCUCGGUUGGCCAGGAGGACAUCAGCCACCCCGUCGCAUGGCGUUGAGCUCCAGAUCCCCUCACGGCCAGCAACUCCUGCCCAUCGUGACGGCUCCUCCGCCUCUACCCCUGGAGGACAACCUAACCUCAAUCAACAACCCACCACAACUACCCUGCCAUCGCGCCGUCCUAGUACUCUGGCGACCGAUGAUCGGCCAACCACGACAUUGCCGCAAGUGGACGAGUCAGAAUGGGCAGCCUUCGAGGCUGAUAUCGCCGCUACAACUGCCCCCUACGACGAGGAUGCAGUCAUUUCCGCACCAGCCAUGACAGCUCAGGAAGCUGCCGAUGCUGACGCCCAGAAGGAGGAGGAAGCGGAGAAACGCCGCGCACAGGCCGACGUCGAUCUCGAGGACGAGAAGGAAGAGGCAACACGAGCGCUCGAGGAGGAGUUUGAGGAGAUGGAAGAACUCGAGGCACGCGUAAGGCGUCUGAAAGAAAAGAGGGAAGCUCUGCGCAAACGAGGCGAGAGCUUCAGCCAAGAAGCUGCCGCAGCAAAGUCUACAGGGUUGGGCAAGGAGAACCUACAAGCUCCAGUGGUCGAAGAGAAGGAAGAGGAAGAAGAGGAGGACGAUGACGACGAAGAUGAUGACUGGGACGGCUUCAGAUUCCGAGCCGCCUAG